CUCGGAGGAGGCGGAGAUCAUUUUGUUGUCAUCGCCGAAGAUGAUUGAACGCCGAUGGCCACAGAUUUUUCACGCUUGAAAAGAAGUGAUUUUACGUAUCAUUGACUGUACGCCGAUACGAAGUUUAUCGGCGACAAGAAAAAAGCAAGGAUCCUUAUGACGGUGGACGACGAGGCACCCGGACUUUGAGAUGUGUCCUACCCAGACACAGCUGUGCCUCGGCACUGACUCUCCCUGGCGACCAGCACAUCCAUGAGAAACACAUGUCCUAGAUGGAUGAUCCCGACUGACUGGGACUCUUCAGUCAUAGUUUCUCUGAGACUUAACUGUUAAUCUAUCUACAAUGUCUGUCUCCACGGUAUUGGCGAAGGCACUGUUUGACAACACGGCAGAGAGCCCAGAGGAGCUGGGUUUUCGGAAGGGUGACAUCCUUAUGGUUCUCGAUCAGGAGCAGAGUGGUGGGCCGGGCUGGUGGCUCUGCUCCCUGCAUGGGAGGCAGGGCAUUGCCCCUGCCAACCGCCUUCGUCUCCUCCAGACUGCCCCACCCCCAAACUCAGACCUCCGUCGUGGCCCCAGUGAGGACUCUGUUUACCUGUCACCGGGUCCCAUGCUUGCUCGGUCUGUUGUUAGCAGUAGUGCAGAGGACAUAGAUGGAGUGUAUCGAUCCCCGCCAGGUGUGGGUGAGGGACGAGGAGCAGGAGCUGCCUCAAGGCCUGGGGAGCUCCGCAGAGUUGAGGGUGGGCGCCCACGCUCUCACUCCAGCUCUGGCACUCGGCCCAGACCUGACUGGGAUAUUGGGGUGGCGGGACGUCCACGCUCACCCUCUCUGAGAGGACGAGGCACGGAAAUCACGGGCACACUUUAUCAGACUCCAGUAAGUCCUAUACCGUCUGCAGCUCAGCACGCCAGGCAGCCUGGAGCUCUCAUGGCUUCAGAGUCUGUGUACCUCUCCCCUAGUGGAGUGCCAAGAGCGGCUGAUGAGCCAGAGGACACUACUUAUUUAGUCCCAAGAGAAACACUAACCACAGAACACUCGGAUGACUGUUACCUGGUACCCAAAGGCACACCACUUGCAGGUGAUGAUGUUUACCAGGCCCCAACAGGAGGAGUUCCAGCUACUGCUGUCUGCUCUAAUGGCCCCUCUAUAGUCAGCGGAACACCUGGCACCCCCCAGUCCAAAGUGAGUCAGGACACACCUGGGAUGUACCAAACACCCACCCCUGUGGGAGCAAGCCUUCACAGGACACCAGCCACAGUUUUGGCCCACCAGCAUCCAUCUCCAUUAUCCCCUGCUCAAGCAUCUCCCAGACCUUUGCUCAAAGGAGUUCCACCCAACCCUGCUGUUGCUAGGGGCAAGCCAGGCCUGGCCUGUCACCGGGGAUCCCCUUUGCUGGUCAGAGCAGGGCAGGUCAGGGUUCCAGGAUCACCAAAUUUUGCCCGCAAACCUCCUCCACCAGCACCUCCUGUGAGGGGAGUCACCAGGAAAGAUGCACAACAGGCAGCACCGACAUCGGCCGAUUCUAAUUAUGCCCCCAAACCCGCCAGUCAGACCACCUCGGCAGGCCCGCAUCAAGAAGAGGACAAACAGAAGGAAACUCCCCAGAGUAAAGAUGAAAGGAUGAAUAAUGGACUGGAGAAAAACAGCAAUGUGCACUACAAAAAAGGAGAAAAUCAGGAUUAUCCAGAUCCCUCUGAUGACCAGGUGUAUGAUACUCCUCCCAGUGGCAGAUGGCAGCGUCCAGUUCCAUCUGCCCUUUGUGGCGAUGAUGGCAUCUAUGACACCCCUCGCAGUGUCCCACCACAAGCUGACUCUGAGACAGAGGUCUAUGAUGUCCCCACCAUCACUCUGAAUGUGUCGACAUCCGAUGUUCAGCCCAGUGAAGCUGAUGACGAAGUCUACAGUGUCCCCACACUUCCAGGUGUGCCUCUGGGACCAGGAGAGUCCACCACCAGCCUCUCUGGUGAAGAUGUUGCCCAGGUUGGACAAGUCUAUUGUGUCCCUGGACCGGAGAAGCGAGCCAGUAGUGGAGAUCACAAUCGAGACUCCUCUGAACCUGACUGUGGCAUCUAUGAUAUGCCUGCUCUGACCAUUGAAGCCCUCCCUCACUCUUCCUCGUCCUCCUCCACGUCUACUCGUCGCCUCUCUGUUUCUAGUAAUGGUUCAGGUGAUGUGCAGUGGAGAGCUUCGCUUUCAAGCCUUGUCCACUCAGUGAUGAACACAGCCUCUGGCUCGGCCUCUACUCUGUCAUCACGAGACCUGGCCACCUCAUUGGCUGAAAUCCUGUCCACCUGGAAAGCCAGCCAUUCAGGUGACCCUCCGCCGCCUCUUCAGCAGGCUUGGGCUCGUCUGUCAGACCUGCUGCCGGCAUUGUCUGCUAUUGGCAACGCUCCUCCAUCUGAGGGGCUUUUGUCACUGGUCCAGCGUUCCCUUGAGGAAAGCGCCCUCCUUUUGCAGGCUCAGGGCCGACCCCGUCUGCCUUCCCAAGAUUCCCUGUCCCGCAGGCCAUUGCCUGCACUCCCAGUGCCUGAUGGAAAGUCAUCUGGAGGUGGGAUGGGCUCUCGUAAGGGUAGCUGGAUCCAGGAGAGGCCCCUGCCCCCAACUCCUCAGCCUGCCUUCCCCUUGCCUCCUGCUCCAUCAACUGUGACUCUCACAGUGGGCCCUGUUGAUGGAGAGGAUGAUCCCAGCAAUGAGUAUGCUGGGAUCGGCUUGACUCCCAUCCCCGCCCCAGUACCUACUGGAGACAGUGUUGGAUACGUCAAGCUGCAGGGUAAACCUGAUCCACCUCCUGAUGUCCUGGCUGAGAACGGACAAAUGCAAAGUAUCACUGCAGAGCCGAGGUUGACCCCAUCCCCUCCUCUGCCGGUGUCCCUCUCCCUGGAGGACUCGGAGCUGCUGUCCUUUUACUCCUCUCAGAGCCUCGCCCACCUCUCCUGCCUGGCAGAUGCCAUCGAUGUGCUCUUCAGCAGCGUGCAGGGGAACCAGCCGCCCCGCAUCUUCGUCGCCAGAGGCAAAAGUCUCAUUGUGACUGCGCACAAACUGGUGUUUAUUGGGGACACCCUCUCUCGCCUUCUCACUUCUGCCGACCUCCGGGCCAAGAUCACAACCUCGGGGGGGCGACUCUGCCAGGCCUUGAAGGCAGUUGUGGUGGCAACAAAGGGAGCUGCACAAAAUUACCCCUCAGUAUCAGCCACCCAAGAGAUGGUGGACCGUGUUGCUGAGCUCUCCCAACAAGCCGCUGGCUUCUCCACUCUGCUCCAGCGGCUGGCGGAAAUAUCUUCAUGAUAUUUCAUAUCACUUGCGUAAAAACUUUGUUUACACUACACCUAUAUUUUCUCUCUUUGAAAUGCCUUAUUUGUUGGUAGACUCUUUGCUUACCUUUUGUUUGAAUGGGAUUGAAGCAAGCGGAGCUGCAGUGCUUAGCCUCGCUGCAGCGCUUAGCCUCGCUGCAGCGCUUAGCCUCGCUGCAGCGCUUAGCCUCGCUGCAGCUGUUACUGAACUGGGUUUCGACUGUGCUGGUUCUGUCCUCGGGUUGUGUGUUGGUUUGCCUUUGUUUAUAUACUGACCUCUGUGCUUUGAUGCCACACUUGUCUUUUUGAGUGUUAACUUAUUGAAUAGUUGAAGCCGCUCUGUGGCUUUGAGUGUCCAUGCGGACAGCUUAUCUUGGGAGCUUUGCUUUAUUAUGUUUGCUGUAUUUUCUUUCCCUCACAUGAUAGCCAUUUUUCCUUCCUUCCUCUAUUUAUUUAGCCAUCCCCCUUUUCCUAAAAUAGCACAGAAAGGAGGCCUUGCAUCCUGGUUCUGGCCUACUUCUUACUGUGACACCUGAAAGGCCUUUUGUGAUUAUCAUUCUGAAACUGCUGAAGCAGCAUACCAAGUGUUUCGGGCUAAAUAUGGGAGAAAUGGAAUACGCCGUGGAGUACAAAGUUUGCCCAACUUCCACUCAUAAUCUGUGCAAGUGUGCGUUGUGUUUGUGUAGUGCCCAUUUCCACUAGCAAGAAAAAUUAUCUGUGGUACAGCGUUUAAUCUGCAAGAAACAUCUGUCAGUACGUGUUCAGUUUACAUUCAUGUCGUCUUACACAUCUCAAGUCCGCUCACAGAGAAAGGUAAACUGAGAAUGAACAAUGAUAGUUGGGUGAGAAAUUGCCUAAUCCUGUUCUUUCCCACAGUCAUGUGAUAGCCUGGCAGUGGAUAAGAAACCUGUUGACCGAGGUUACCGGUUUCCACAUGUCCUGUUAUGCUCUGCAUGGUUAUGUCUCUUUGUCUUUCUUUGCUUUUUACCUGCAUUUCCCGUAACAUUCUUGUCAACGGUGCUUACUCACAUCUGGUUUGAUUUACGUUUAAAGUCAGCAACCUUGCUGUGAGGCAUGACCAUAGAAACUAAGGCUCGUUAUUAUAUAUCGAUAAUGUGUUAUUAAUGGAAAGCAUAUCAGUGGAACACAGUUCACUGUACUGAUAAACAGUUUGAUUAUUUUACAUUUGUCACAAGUUAUAAAUGAAUAUUUUAAGGAUAUUCUACCAUCAUGACUGAUCUUAAUCAUAUGGCCCAGCCCUAGUAUAAACUGUGGAAUGAAGCACAGUCCACUUUUUGAUCGAAAACAUUUUACAUCCAUCAAAACACACACCUUUUUUCCAUCUCAGACUGUCGUAUUUCUGUCUGUCUGCCCAUUUUCAUCUGUACUGGUCAUCAGGUGUAAAUGUCUGUGCACAAACAGCUCAGUGUGAAGCUGUGGUGGAACAUAUAUUUGACUGGAAGUUGAACACGCAUGAUGUUUGUCACACUUACACUACAAAUAUUAACUGUGUAAGCACAUGGUCAGUUUUCAUCCAGUAGGGUGCUCUUCAAAGAUGCAUUAUAGAGCCUUUUGGAUCUAUCUUCUGUAUUACUUAACCUAAUAUUGAACUUUUAUUUUUCUGAUCAAAAUCAGUAUCGUCAGGGCAAUGCAUAAUAUAUUUUUUUUCAAUCAUGGGGCUCAGUUUAAAUUAUUCUCUGAAGAGUAACUGUUCUGCCGCCCCACCUUGUGGAGGUUUGAAGUAUUACUUAACGAAUACCUCCCUGCCAAAACAGGCCCUGUACUGUACGUAUGAAGAGAGCAUGAUCACCAAGUAACCUUUAGCUAUAUAUUUAUUAUGGUCAGUUUUUAUGUUCUUUACUUUCCAUUGUGCAUGGCUUUAACUUGCUUAAACUUUAUAUAUGCACAUCCUUCACCAGGGUGAUUUUACUAGGUGAUUUGCAGCGAACAAAAAAUUGUUUUUUUUGGAAAAACAUAUUAAGUUACAGUUUAAAGAUAUGGCUGUAUUUUCUUUUGUACAAGAAACAUUUUUUUACACUAUGUGAACUCAUUUGAGUCGGUUAUCUUAUUCGCUGAGGUAUAGAAGUGAAUCUUUGACUUUUCUCCUACAGUCAUACAAAUCUAAACCUCUUUACUUUACACUACAUUUGAUGUCUGUCUUGUAUUCUUGUUCAGAAUGCACAAAUACAACUUUUGCAAUUAAACAAGUGU